AUUCGCAAAAGUCCGUUUUUAUUGUCCCUCGUUGCUACCCGUCCGAGCCGUCCGUACAGGUCUGCUGCUUAGAAAUGGCUGAAGCUCCCCCACGGCCCUGCCGGUUUUUUUGUCACAGGUGUUCGGCAGAGAUUAGUCCGCGUAUACCGGACUACACCUGUCCACGCUGUGACUCUGGUUUUAUUGAGGAACUCGCCGAGGAACGAAGUGCUGAAGACGGUUCCGUAUCCACGUCCUCCAACAGCGAUCAUAACCGCCCAGCCUUUGAGAACAUGGAUCACCAACACUUGUUCACGUUCCCCUCCGGCUACGGACCGUUUGCCCUUGGGAUUUUUGAUGAGAACUUUGACCUUCGGACGCGGCUACCGACGGAAGACAACCGCGAGACAGAAAACAGGAGGGAAAGAGAAAUGGCAUCGCGGCAACGAUACGGCGCGCGGCAACCGCGGGGUCGGCAUGUUCCUCGACGGCAGGGUGCGCGCCACGAAGGAGUGCCCACGCUAGAGGGAAUUAUCCAGCAGCUAGUAAAUGGAAUCGUAGCACCUACAGCGAUGCCAAAUAUCGGGAUAGGACCAUGGGGAAUGCUACAUUCCAAUCCAAUGGACUACGCCUGGGGGGCCAAUGGCCUUGAUGCUAUAAUUACACAGUUAUUGAACCAGUUUGAAAACACGGGUCCGCCUCCUGCAGACAGAGAAAGGAUUAAGAGUUUACCCACGGUUACUAUUACAGAAGAACAUGUGGGUGCUGGUUUAGAGUGUCCUGUGUGCAAAGAAGAUUACUGCGUCGAGGAGAAUGUCAGACAGCUGCCAUGCAACCACUUGUUUCACAAUGACUGUGUAGUGCCGUGGCUGGAACAGCACGAUACAUGUCCUGUAUGCAGGAAGAGUCUAAGUGGACAGAACACAGCCACAGACCCACCAGGCCUAUCAGGAAUGAACUUCUCUUCCUCUCCCAACUCACCUAGCAACGAGAAUGCUGCAAGGAACUCUUAAAUGUUCACCGCCGCGUCACCUCACACCUGAAAAACCUCCAAACAUAAGAGGACUGACGCAGAAAUCAGGAGAGUAGUCUGCCUCCUUCAAGGGGACGAUGUGAGACCAGUUCACUCAUCAUUCCAUCCUCUGUGCUGGACAGAAAGCAGGUGCAGCUGCUCCUGCCGCCAUUGCUGCAGAGUAUUAGGAGGUGGGACUGGUCAGUAUCAGAAGAGCCUCCAGAAAGGCUGCGAGGAAUAACGGAAUGAGAAAGGAAAACAGAUAACUUGACCAGAACUGACAGGUGAAGAGUUUGAGUCAGAGUGGAGUGCUUUUUGAUGGAGACAUGUGUUUGCAACAAGGCUGGGGAACAUUUUCUAUUUAAAUCCUUUUUUUUUUACAAAGCCUGUGGUUGUACAGAGUCCAUAGAUGUGUAGAUUGAUUUUGAAUCUUCAGCCACUUUACAGCUAGUGGAUCAAACUAAAACUGUGUUUUCAUCUGAUUCGUAUUUAUUUGCAGCUUUUUUUCUUUCUUAUUUUGGAUGAAAUUCUGUCUGGUAGGAAUGUGAAUUUGGGUGAACUACUGAAAAAAGGAAAAAUAGUUACUAUCUUUUGCAUUGUACAAGUCCUUUUAAGAAUCUAUUUUAUGACUCUUUUUUUAAUAAAAAGAUUGAUCCAGUAAAUUUGCAUCUUGAAAAGGUAAAGAUCUUCACAGCUCAACAAAGGACCCAUUUUCAUUCCAUAAUUGAAAAAGAAAAUACUAAACCAUUGAGGAUUGUAAAAGAAAACGACACAUAAAACUGCAUUGCAAUAUCUUACCUCUUUUCUUACUGUGGCAAUAAAGUGCUCAAACAUU